AUGCUCUUUUUGGUGCUCGAGCACUCUUGCUCGCGGUUCUCAUUAGUCCUCCUUCCUUCCUUUGCCCGAGGGUGGCUAUCCUCAUUUCAUUUGCUUAAAUCGGUGGGUUCCGGCUUUUUCUGUUCUUCCUCUUCAUGUUCAUUAUUCUAUUCUAUUCUCCUCCUCCAAUUCGGUUAUUACUAUUACUCCAUUUUAUUCCUUUACAAUCGGAGUAUUUUGUUUCCGUUUCCGGCUUUCAUGGCAAUGAUGUAACUUAUUCACGAACUCCCUUCUUUUUCCUCUCGAGUUAUUCCCCCCCCUCAAAAAAAAAACCCCCAUGUACAAGCCAAGCCAACUCAUUCAUUCA